UCCUAAACACGGACAGCCGUUGAAGCGUACGGUCGCACUACCUAUGGGGACGCUACCCGUGUCGUAGCGAUGCGCAGCCGUUGCGGGCAGCGAGCAGCUGCGUUUAAGGUAAUGCUGUGGCCACCGGAGACGUAAUUAAAUGGUGACCAAAGUCAUUGUAAGGUUCCUGAAGAAGAGGAUUGUGCUCGCUCUCAUCUUCGGCGUGUCGCUUCUGUACUGCUUAUCGUCGCUGUUAACCGAGGAUUCGCUGAGCGUCGAGACGAACGAAACUCUUGGAAAGAUUUCGCUGCCGCCGAGUUCCUUCAAGUGGCAUGUGGAUAAAGAAAAGGGCAACUCGAGUGCCCCCGUUAGUUGCAGAAACUCGGUACAAGGAAAAGUCCUCGUAGCAGAUGAUCGAGGUUACGUCUGCCAAAGAUCAGAGGUGGCAUCAAAUGGCUGUUGCAUCGCCGAAGCUUCCAGCACACGACGCUACUGCUGCGAUACGUGCCAGCCCAAUGGUUGCUGCAGCAUCUACGAGUACUGCAUCUCGUGCUGCAUGCAUCCGCAAAAGAUCACAAUACUGCAGAAGAUCCUAGGGAAGGCAUCAGACACCUUCAAAAUGUUGGUGGCAUCCAUCACCGACCACUUCGAGCUGUGCCUCACUAAGUGCAGGACCUCGUCUGAUAGUGUGCAUCAUGAGAACUCGUACCGUGAUCCCAAGGCAAAGCAUUGCUAUGCUGACGAGCCGCCCAGCCAACAGAUGUCGACGCGAAGCCAGCUUAUGAAGGAGUGACUGAUCAGCUGCUGACGUCUAUGUGGAAUUCUCCCGGUGUUUUGUUCUGCUUGCUGCUGCCUUUCAAUAUCUGAGCUCACUCAAUGUGCCCAGCUGGCUAGCCAAGUGUAGCAAGUGCCUCAUUGCAGUGGGCUACGCUUUAUUGUGCUCCUGCUUUCAAGGCAAAGCUGAGCGCUUGCCUUGAAAGCAAGUAUGUGUGCCUGGUGUGUUAAAGUGGCAUGAUUCAGCGAGCACGUGACAGCAGCUGCAUUUUGUUGCACUAGCAGUUAAUCUCGCUUUAUUGAUAAUACUUGCUCAUUGUAGCUAUUACAUCGCAAUUGUCGGACCCGGUGAACAAUUUUAUUGUAAGAUGUACGUACUUUCAUUGUGCAUGUAGUUCAGUCUUGCUUUGUCUCUGUAGGAACAUUGGUUUAAGAACUUCUACUGUGUUUUCCUGUGCUUGUUUUCUUUAAAUUUUUCGAAAGCUGUUAUUCUGAGAUAUCUGGUUUGAAGCACUCACAGUGGCCCUGUGAUGCAAAGAGCAGCGGAUAUUUUGCGUAGGGCUGCUCGUAGUUAGUGGCUAUUGCUCAGGCUGUCAUUUUUAGUCAUUGUUGCUCUAGUAGCACAGACCGGUCUGUCCAAGCUGCUCAAGACAAAUGGGCAUUCGGUAGUCAUCAUUGGUAAUGUUUGGCUUUUCAGCAGUACUAUACAGGAUAAAUGGAUUUUUCAUAGGCUGAUCUCGUAGCGGGCUGCAUUUUGAACAGAAGCGAGAACGGUGCAGGCACCCUCAGCCACUUGUGAUUCACUGUCACCAACGUGAAGAACUGAGAAAAAAAUAGCAUGGUUAAGUGAUCAAGUAUACUAAGCAGGAAUGCACAUGAAGCAGGAUUCGUCGGCUUCAUUAGUCUACGCAGCGCUGCUUCAUAACUCAAAACUUCUUCAUCCAUCAGACUUGCACAAAACAUUAUUUUGCGGUGCGGCAUGAUUUGGUUCAACUUUUAAAGUUUGCAGCUGCCCAUCUGCUGAUUAGCUCACAGAUUACUAAAACCUCAGAAUAUUUAUUUGUUACAUUUUCAAAGUUUUUUUUUUUAAAUGCACUGCUACACAGAGUGACACCUUAUGAAACACUCAUUACCAUCAAAUACUUUGGGGUUAUUUCAGCUCAAAAAUGAUUUUCAAGCCCGGGCUCGUGAGCAGUAAACUGAGCUACGUAUUUCAACACACAAUAUGUCGCACUUGCGAUCCGGUGUACAGGUGCAACACGCCGACGCAAGCAUUUAAGCUUAGACGAGUUGGCAACUUUUGCCAUCUGCCUGCUUUUUUAUGUCGUUGGCUAGCGUGUGCUGUGAAGAUCAUCGAGGUGAUUUCAGUCAUGAGUAGGACUCAUUCGCUGGAAAGGGUUGAACAGAGAUUGUGGCAUUACUGCUUCUUAGAUACAAGUGUCCUUGCACGUUUUCUUGAAGAUGACGAACAACGAUCAUCGACACGGCGGUACGCGUUUCAUAUAUGGGUCUUGCACAUGGUUCACAUUGUCCUGCUUUACUUUGGUAGAACAGUCAGAGUCGAGCCUCUUUUUGUAGAAAAAAAAAAAGUGCACUCUUUGUCACAAAUGUGUACUAUAAUGGCGAUACCUUGUGGGCUUUAUAUGUGCCACUUAAAAAACUGCCUUCGUUGAAGAAGAGGCUUUUUUUUUUUUCACAUUUGUAAGAGUAUUUUCAAAUUCUGUACUGUUUGCCAGUCUAAGCGACCAGUACUUUCAUAUUGGCCUAGAGGUGCAGUGUUUCUCCUUCAGGUGCAGUGUUUGCUUAAGAGGGCACAACUUGUAUUUGCCAUUUCUUCCAACUGGUGGACAAACAGAAGCUAGAUACAUAGUGCAUAGUACAAGCUGAACUUUCUGCAUAGGCUGCGUAUCAUUGCAGCCGAUCACUUCGAUGAAGGUACCAUGAUGUUCGACAUGCUGUUCCUAGACCAUCCUCACUUUUUUCUUCCAUCAAAAUGAAAGCAACUAAAAACAAAUUGUGCAUGCAUUUUUUAAAACUUGAUUUAAUUCUUGUUAUGCAAAAAUGGAACAUAACUGAUUGCUGCUGAUUGCAGAAUAAUUAGAAAUCUGAUGACACACUAGUUGCAAUUAAUUACUGAAACUUGUACAGUAUGUAUCACCUUUUUUUUUAAUGUAGCAUUAAGUGCCUUAGAAUUAUGUUGCGUAGAUAUGACAUGGUUGCAGAUAGUUCGUCAGAACUAGCGCCUGAAGGGGUAUGUACAUAGUGUUUCUUUCAUACUUGCGUCAACUCUUGUACAGUGUAUUGUGAUGACUCCUCUUUCAUACGUUACUAUAGUCACAUAUGUUCAAGGCUUCUGGCGAGAUUCCUUCGGACAUGUACUCCGUCUCAUAAUAAUCUUGCAUUAGAGUGGAACCUACUAUAUAUGCUUAGAGACGGAAUCUUGGGUUCGUUCAGUCUUUGUCAAGUUUCCGGACAUUCAGUUUUGAUUCGCAGCUGGAAGGUGGCUGUUGUUUUCAAAUCGCUGUCUUCAUCUGUCGACGGCAAGCGUUUGAACAUCAGAACAAAGACAGAAUCUCUACUGUAUAUCAUCCCCAGUAUGCAGGACUUAACAGACUAUGCUGCUUUACGGUCCACUUCAGAGGUACAGGGGUUACGGUGCUUCGUUGCUGACCGGAAAAUCACUGGUUCGAUUCCAAUCAUGGGGACUGCACUUUGAUGGAGACAAAAUGCUUGAGGCUCGUGCACUGUGCGGUGUCAGUGCACGCUAAAAGACACGAGGCGGUCGAAAGUUUCCACAGCCUUUGACUGCAGCAUGCCUCGCAAUCGUAUUGUUAUAUUGUCAUCAGAAAUUAUGCUUUUUUUUGUGUGGUUUGAGGCUGUUUUCCUGCAUUUGCUACAUUUUUCUGGGUCAUGUCAGCUUUAGAAGCUCCCACUUAAAUGCCAGAUUUUUUUUUUAAUGGGGCACGGUAGAGGAAUUUUUCUUACACAGGCCACAUGCUACAUAGUUUGAAAACUUUAUUGGUGAGAUCAUUUGCACAUAUCUGUUGUCGGACAAAUCAAAAGGACUUUUACAAAUAGGUGUCCAGAGGCUUUCGUUGUUCUCAGUGCACAUGCAUUAAAUGCAAAGCACGCUUCCGGUUAGCGCAACAGCCACUUUUCUCUUUUUUUUUUUUCAAGUAGUAUGCGUACCAAAUAAACCCAAGGCCUGAACACCCAGUUUUAAUACUCUAAGGUUUUAAGCAAAAACAGUGCAGGCAGUGAGUGGAGAAUUUCUCGAUGCACCAUGGUAUGCUUAUAAAUGGGCACUGAUGUUUUGCACACGAUUAUGACAUGUAAAUCUGUUGUUACUUUGUUUUGGGGAUUUGUAUGUGUUGUAUUGUGAAGGAUGUUGUUGUCGGCUGCUUUUAUGCAUGUACAUAGCUGCCUUUCUACAAGUUUGGGAGGGAAUGGGUCUCAGUAUGAAUAAAAUAUUGAUGCUUACAA